UGUGUCAACAAGGCCACAUUUUGGCCAAGGAAUGCGCUUCUUCAUCUCCGCUCUCCCCUGGGGGUAAACAAGGAGGAGGAGGAAGGAGGACUAGGGGAGGUCUCAGCUGGGACUUUCCUCAUUGCCCUGCAGGGAAAAAAAGUUGGGCACAGCGCCGGAGAUGUUCCCCGGUGCCGCCACGCUGGAGGUAUGCGAACCUGGGGACGCGUUUACCAGCAGCUUCCCCUGCGCUCGGGGAUUCUGCUGCUGCUGCUGCUGAUCCCACCGCUGCUCGUCGCGCUCCAGCUGCUCGUCGUCGGUCCACGGUUACCUCGAGCCGCAAGUCUGGGAUCCGACGAGCAGGGAGGCGCUGCCGUCGCUUUCUCUGUUCUCAACAUCGAACCGGAGAAGAGCUCGCGCCGGUGGGGAACUCCGUUCCUACGACCGCGUCUGGAGGAAGAGGAGGAGGAGGAUGGAGAAGGGAUCAGGGAGGGGACACGAGCCUACGAGGAUGAGAACGAAAUACAGGUUGGAUCCAGAGCAGUGGAGGUGCAGCCGUGGGCGGCCGGUAAGCCGUCAUUUACGGCAGAACUCGGUCGUCUCAUUGCAUACAUCACCAGGCCACAGUUGAACUGCUCCAGGGUUAUAUGUCCAGCUCAGGCUCAGGCCUCACAGCCUCCUGCAGAGUCACUCCACUGGCUGCUGUGUGCCGAGGCCUGGCUGCUUCCUGCUGCAGACAGACCGUGUGUGGCGUACUCCUUCAGUAUGGAUGGAAGAGAUGCCGACUAUCUAAAGACAGUGUCUGGGCUGGGGUGUGAAGUGCACAGUUUUGAUCCCAGCAGCACCAAUGCAUCUGCCGGUCCCCUUGGCAACAGUUUGGCUAGUAACCAUGGUGACAGAGGUGUGGUCAGCCAGCACAAGAUGUGGCUGGAGUGGCGCGCUGCAAGGAAGCGCAAGCACAAGGCAAGAGGCGACCUGGGUAGUGUCUCGCAAACGUUGGCAGACAUCAUGGCAGCUCUGGGACAUCACACAGUUCACUUUUUGUACGCUGACCUGCUCAGUGCAGAGUGGCGAGUUUUCCAGAACUGGAUUGAGUCAGGAACUCUGCAGAGUGUCCAUCAUCUGGUUGCUACAGUGCAUCUGCAAUGGGCAGGGUUUGAGGUGGGAGGAACUGAUGAGGAAGUGCUCUGCUAUUGGUUCAGCGUUCUACAGGGUCUCCAGGCUUCUGGACUGAAGCUGGUCCACAGCUCUGCAGGAGACGGUCACAGUGUCCUGAAACGAACAGUUGGACAUGCUCGCAGCUCCUACACUCUCAGCUGGGUCAACACGAGAUAUUGACAUGGGCACAGGUGAGUACACAUGCCUGGACUCUGUGGAGGACUGCAAACAAACACUAGAAGGGAACAGAAACUAGUGUUUUCUUGAAAUUAACUUUACCCCCACUUUCAUUUCAGACACAUGCUUUCUUGGCAUGACAUCUCCCUCUAGUGGAGAUGAACGGAUCUGUCUUUUUAUGACCGCUUACAGGAAAACACGGGUGUGUUUAAUGCUGGCUAUAUAAUAUGAUAUGAUAUGAUAUAAUAUAAUAACACAUUUAAAUAUACCAAACAGAUUUCUUACCAACACUUAACAUUUAUUUUCAUGUCUUUCAGUAGUUGAAUCACAGAUUUGCAAUGUUUUUAUCAAUAUCAUAUCAUACCGUGUCGCUCCUUAUGCAGUAGCAAUAUUUUGAAUGUAUAAUUAAAACAAUGAUGCGACAAUGAUUCUGUCGGCCUUUUGUGUGCAAUGUUUACAAUAAAAAAGAAGCUUUAAUUAUUUGGAGACUGAUCGUGCCUGCCUACUGUGAAUAACAUACAUUUUGCACUGCGCUAUGUACUGUAUAAGGCAAAGAAGGAAACAGUGGAAUCAUUAAUGUACAUUUUAUACACCAAUUAGUCAAGCCAAAGAACCUUUAUUAAUGACAUAAUCUAAUGACAUGUCUGUCUCCAAACUACACCCAUCAUCCUUGGCAACAAAAUAGCUAUACAGUAUAUAUUACAGUUUACAGUGUGUAGAUCAAAUAAAUGCAGUCUAUUACUUGUCAUAUCAUAUAUUUGUGGCUCAUUUUUUAUUCUUUUAUUUUAAGGCCAGCACAUUGGGCUGUGAGAAACAGUAUUUUGUUCCCAGGUACUUUGACAUGACACUAAAAAUAUCUUGAAUCUUGAAUAUUGAUAAGAAAUGUAUUAUUCUCAAGAUGUUUAUGGACCAAAAAGCAGAAUCCUUGACUUCAGAGAGACUGACUCAUGAGACAUGUGGUCGAUGAUCAAUGGGAGAGUUAGGAUUUGUUUACUAGGUACGUUUUGCUAUGUACGCCUGCUUUGUUUCUGUUUGAUAGGUUUCUUUGUGUUGUUUUUUAAAUAUUCUGAAUGAUUGUGUUUGUUUUUCAGUUCAUAUAUUAUGUGCUUGGUAUGUGUAUGUUGAUGUGAAUUAAAAAAUACCAUAUGUUUA